UUCGAAUGCAAGGGCCGACCUGGGUAUUAUAUUGGUUUUAAUGGACAGCUAGAAGCCACAACAGUUCCCGAGAGGCAUAAAAAGCUACUGUACGCAAUUCAACCUGGUAUUACUGGGCAGCCAACCUCAAUAUCUCUAGAAUCAUCCGACUUCCCUGGAUAUUUUCUUCGCCAUGACGGUUUCAAAAUCAUAUUAGAGAACCCUGGUACAAAUACAGGAAGUUUUGAUAAAGACGCAACGUUCUGGGUCAAACGUGGUCUUUGGUUUCCGUCACAUGUCACUUUUGAAUCAGUGAAUUUCCCAAAUCAUUUCAUACAGAACUCCAAUGGUAAGCUGAAGUUAUCUCCAUUCGAUGGAACAGAUGACUACAAAGCAAAUGCAAGUUUCUCAUUGACAUCAAGGGAUGGGGUAACACUUCCAGGUUUACUUACUACAACUGCCCCUGUUGAGCCUUCACCAAUAAACACAGGAUGCAAAUAUACUCAAGUUGGAUUUGAAUACUUGGGCAACUUAUCUAUAACGACCACUGGUCUAACAUGUCAAAGAUGGGAUAAGCAGUCUCCCCAUGCACAUAAGUACACAGACCCAUCAAAAUUCCCCGACAUCACUUUAGGUGACGCACAGAAUUAUUGCAGAAAUCCAUCCAAUCAUACGCCUGGUCCAUGGUGUCACACAACAGACGAUGAUGUUAGAUGGGAAAACUGUGAUGUACCUUAUUGUGAUUGUCGAACAAGCAAGACUGCGAGAGAAUACAAUGGGGAGAUUUCUAAAACAAGAUCUGGAAAGACGUGUCAACGUUGGGAUUCCCAGUCCCCUCAUAGUCAUAGUAAUUACGACCCCAGUGACUUCCCGGAGCAUAGUUUGUCAGAUGCAAGCAAUUUUUGUCGGAACCCAUCAUCUUACUCAGAAGGUGCUUGGUGUUAUACCACAGACCCAACAGUCCGGUGGGAAUUAUGUGACAUCCCAGUUUGCGAUUGCAAAUUGUCACAGUUUGGACGAGAUUUCAUUGGUAGGGUAUCGGUCACAUCAAGUGGUAAAACAUGCCAAAGAUGGGACUCACAAUCGCCUCACAAACAUGACAAAUUGGAUCCAGGCAUGUUUCCCGAUGACAGUGUAGCCGAUGCAGGGAAUUAUUGUCGCAAUCCUAACAACGCUCUCAAAGGCCCGUGGUGUUUCACAACCGACCCUAACACUGAAACGGAGUAUUGUACCAUUCUACAAUGUGGUA